GCGUCGGACCUCGACUCACAGGGUUGACUCAUCUCGACUCACGCGGAGUCACACAAUUCCUUUGAACGUUGAAUUAAACCAUGUCUGCGCCUCGUCGCAACGGCCAACUGUCGUCAUGCGAGCCUUGCCGGAAAUCCAAGCUCCGAUGCGAUCACUCGACUCCGACCUGCAAACGCUGCGAGCGCCGUGGUAAAUCGGACCUCUGUGUUUACCAUCCCGCCCCACUGACCAAGCCGCGCCAGUCUGGCCAGAUCCUCAAGGCAACACAGAAAACUGCCAAUCCCCAGCCGCUGUUGUGCGCGAAGACAAUUUCCGUCACCAAUCUCGGGAGCUCCGCGUCCGUCAGCCUGCUGGGAGCCGCACAGUUUCCCAACAUUUCCAAACGUCAUCUGUCAGGCAGCGGUUUUUUGGGACCGACCAGUUACUCGGGCAGCGUGGUCAGCAAUGAGGUGGAGCUGGAGCUAGGGAUUCGUGCUUCGCUCUCGCAAACAGCCACACCCCUGGACCCUCAGCGGGUGAAUCAAGGAGCCCAAGUACUCUCGUUGCUCGAGCAUCUCGACUUGUACGAGAAACUAAUAGAAAAUCGCAACAAGAUUAGACCAGGAUGGCUCUUCGGUCCACCGUUAACGGGAGCACUAAUUGCACAAUUCAGAGCUUCCUACCGCAAUGCGACCGCAGGAUCAGAGAAUAAGUACGCACGGCUCCUGGACCUAUCCCGGGUCCUGUUUAAGAACUCGGCUAUUCCAACUGAGACCAGAUCCUCUAUGUCCUUGAAUGACUACCUCUCUCAAUAUGCGCUCCGGUGGGACAUGAUCGGCCUUGUAUUUGCAGUGGCAGGCUCAACGACCUUCCAAGUCCUCCAACAAGAGCUCGACGAGAUAUUCAAGGGCUCGCCCGGAACAACCAAAGAAGGAUUGCGCCAGGUGACUUUCCAGGCCACUGAGGCCUGUCUGCAAUUCUGUAAUCACCUAGGUAUUAUUAGCGACCCACUGUCCUGGACGAUGGUUCAACACACGAUCUUCCUCUCUUCCUUGCAUGGAGCCUGUGAUCAUCGGACAUGGCAGAUGCUCGGAGACCUCACUACUGCAGUCUUUGCCUUAGGCCUUCACCAGCCUGCUGCAGCGGAUGAUGCCCCGUUCUUCCUGGAAGAGAUCCGGAAGAGAACUAUGGUCGCAGCUUAUGCUCUGGACAAGGAUAUUGCCACUUGUCUAGGCCGACCACCCCGAAUAUGCUGGCGCUAUUGCAACAUUCAGUUUCCUCUGGAUAUCAGUUAUGAUGAGGUAGUGGCAGAGCCGCUGGUCAGAGAGGCGGCGCUUCAGCGCCUAGAUGCAGCAGGGUGGAAUAUUGAUGGACGAAUAGACAAAGGCGCAAGCUGUAGAGGCGCGCUGAUUGUCAGUCUCUUCCGCGAGAGUGUCUUGGAGGUAUCAUUGAGCCACGAGCUUGGUGGGUUGGAAGAGAGAGUUCUGGAAGUUUGCCGUAGGUCGGACGAAUAUUACUCAGCUUUACCCGAACAUCUGCAAUGGACAGACGACAAAGAAGAUCCGACCCUCGCAUCAUUGCAUCUAGAGUUUCUCUAUCAGCGAUUUCUACUAUGCCAAACCUUAUUCAAGCGUAUCGGCAAAGGACUUGACUUGCUGAUUUGCACGUCGUCGGAGAUCAUCACGCUGCUGCUGAAGGUGAUAUCCAUCCAAUCUCGUCUAGGACUCGUUCCUGCGCAUGUGAAAUGGGAUUUGUGUUAUAUUGGCCUACCCGCCGCCGGUGUCUUGUCGAUCGAAUUACUUCGACGCUCCCAGACCGACUCUCUCGCGUCAUUGACGGCGCCUUCGACGCAUUUCCCCCGGUCGGAGAUCAUCCAGAAACUGUCCGUGUUUAUUGCACAGUUCAACACCUUUGUCCCUCAGAACGAGGGCGACUACGAGAUAAGCAAUCGAGGCCAGAAAGUCAUCUCACAGGCACUGGACCGUGUGCUGUCGGGUGUGCCGUCUAGCAGCUCUGCUUCAGAGGAUAUGGUGUCUGAUGGAGCCACCAUGGGCGACGAUGUAGAGUUCAUGGCCUUUUUAGAGAACUUCGACUGGGAGCAGGAGGCUCGGCUGGCUUUCUGCUAGAGAGAUGGCAACGCUCGCAG